CCCAAAUCAACACAUUCCUGAUUCCCUGGACUCUUUCUCUUCUAGGGUUUAUCCUUCCAAAUAAUCACACUCAAAACCCUCAAAAUUGGUGAAGAUUCCGGAUCCGAAAAUCGGGGGUAGUUACUGGUUGUGACAUUAGAGUAAGUGCAAAUUGAAUUAAUAUUCGAUUGAAUGGGAACAGAGAGAAAGAGGAAAGUUAGCUUGUUCGAUGUAGUUGAUGAUAAUGCCCUAAUUCCAGGCAAGCUCUCGAAAGCCAACGGGUCCUUGAUUAUGAACAGCGGAACCGGUAAUGCUUCGAUUAAUCGCUGGAAUGGAAGACCUUAUUCUCAGCGAUUUUUUGAGAUUUUGGAAAAGCGAAAAUCUCUUCCUGUUUGGCAGCAAAAGGAGGAGUUUUUACAAGUUCUUAAUAAUAAUCAGAUUAUAAUCUUGGUUGGUGAAACUGGUAGUGGUAAAACUACCCAGAUUCCCCAAUUUGUAUUAGAAGCUGUGGAACUUGAGAGUCCUGAUAAAAAGCGGAAGAUGAUGGUUGCUUGUACCCAGCCUCGUAGGGUGGCAGCAAUGUCAGUGUCACGAAGAGUUGCAGAGGAGAUGGAUGUGACUCUAGGAGAAGAAGUUGGUUAUAGCAUUCGUUUUGAGGACUGUAGUAGUGCAAGAACGGUUUUGAAGUAUCUGACAGAUGGUAUGCUUUUGAGAGAAGCAAUGACAGAUCCACUUCUGGAGAGGUAUACAGUUAUAAUUCUUGAUGAAGCUCAUGAAAGGACGUUGGCUACCGAUGUCUUAUUUGGGCUGUUGAAGGAAGUUUUGAGGAACAGACCAGACUUAAAACUGGUCGUUAUGAGUGCUACACUAGAGGCAGAAAAAUUUCAAGAUUAUUUCAAUGGUGCACCUCUUAUGAAAGUUCCUGGAAGGCUGCAUCCUGUGGAGAUUUUUUACACCCAGGAUCCUGAAAGAGACUACCUUGAGGCUGCUAUCCGAACUGUUGUACAAAUACAUAUGUGUGAACCUCCUGGUGACAUCCUUGUAUUCCUCACUGGAGAAGAGGAAAUUGAGGAUGCUUGCCGUAAAAUUACAAAAGAAAUAGCAAAUUUGGGUGACCAAGUUGGCCCCGUGAAAGUCGUUCCAUUGUAUUCUACCCUUCCUCCUGCUAUGCAGCAGAAGAUAUUUGAAUCUGCUCCAGCACCAUUGAAAGAGGGAGGUCCUCCUGGGAGAAAAAUUGUGAUAUCUACUAACAUUGCAGAAACUUCUUUGACAAUUGAUGGUAUAGUUUAUGUGAUUGAUCCAGGAUUUGCCAAACAAAAAGUGUAUAAUCCUCGAGUUCGCGUUGAGUCAUUGUUGGUUUCUCCUAUAUCAAAGGCAAGCGCACACCAGAGAGCUGGUCGUGCUGGAAGAACACAGCCUGGUAAAUGUUUUAGGCUAUACACAGAGAAAAGUUUCCACAAUGAUCUUCAGCCUCAGACAUAUCCAGAAAUACUGCGAUCAAAUCUUGCAAAUACUGUACUCACACUGAAGAAGUUGGGCAUUGAUGAUCUGGUACAUUUUGAUUUCAUGGACCCCCCAGCUCCAGAAACUCUUAUGCGGGCUUUAGAGGUGCUGAAUUAUCUUAGUGCUCUGGAUGAUGAGGGUAAUUUGACCAGGCUUGGAGAGAUCAUGAGUGAAUUUCCACUGGAUCCUCAGAUGGGAAAGAUGCUUGUUGUUAGCCCUGAAUUUAACUGUUCAAAUGAAAUCCUAUCAAUAUCAGCAAUGCUUUCAGUACCCAAUUGCUUUGUGAGGCCUAGGGAGGCCCAGAAAGCUGCAGAUGAAGCUAAAGCUAGGUUUGGACACAUCGACGGAGAUCACCUGACCUUGUUGAACGUAUAUCAUGCCUACAAGCAGAAUCAGGAGGACCCAAACUGGUGUUAUGAGAAUUUUGUCAACCAGAGGGCGUUGAAGUCUGCAGAUAAUGUAAGGCAGCAACUUGUUCGCAUUAUGGCCAGAUUCAACUUAAAGUUGUGCAGUACGGAUUUCAACAGCAGGGACUACUAUCUCAACAUACGGAAAGCGAUGCUGGCCGGAUAUUUCAUGCAAGUAGCACAUCUGGAAAAGACUGGACACUAUCUGACAGUGAAAGAUAACCAAGUGGUUCACUUGCAUCCUUCAAAUUGCCUGGACCAUAAGCCAGAGUGGGUUAUAUACAACGAAUAUGUGUUGACGAGCCGGAAUUUCAUUCGUACUGUCACUGAUAUUCGUGGUGAAUGGCUUGUUGAUAUAGCACCACACUACUAUGACCUUGAAAAUUUCCCCAACUGUGAAGCAAAACGGGUUUUAGAGAAGCUCUACAAGAAGCGUGAGAGGGACAGGGAAGAUAGUAAGAACAAGAGGUAGGCAGUGUGCAACUUCACCAUGUUUCGUAAGCUUCCGUGAGGCGUUGAGAGGGUGUGAGCUUGUGGAGGAUAUGUUUUCUUACUGCUCCACUGUUUUUUCACCUUGUGGGGGUUUCAAGACUUAAUAGGCCGCGGCCAUAACUAGCGUCUGGCCUUCGUAAUGCACUGUUGAUUUCAUUUGCGUGCAAUGAAAAAGAUAUAUUUACAUUAUGAUUCUUUUUGUUAUUUA